UUUGUGUGUGUUUUGGUUUUGCAUAACAUCGCUCAACACCGGCCAGCGGUAAGGAUUGAAGCAAGUUGAAGUGAAUUUGAGACGGACACAGGUCGUUUUUACUAUCAACAGAGUAGAUUUUGCAAUGGCACCGACAGUUCUGAAAGGGAAAAACUACGCGUUACUCGUUGGCGGUAUCGUGGGAUUCAUUGCGCUGGCAUGCUAUCCAAUCAUCGUGCACCCGAUGCUGUACCCCGAAGAAUACAAAAAAGUCCAACAAAUGAAUCGGGCCGGCAUUAAACAGGAAGAAAUCCAACCAGGAAAUAUGCGAGUCUGGAGUGAUCCUUUCAAACCGAGAGAAGAUAUCAAACGAUAAAAAGGAUCCAGAUCAAAAGAGCAGCAAGGGAACGUUUAUGUGAAUUCUGAAUAUAUAGUAGCUUGAUUGAGUCAGCUUCAGUGCUGUGCAGCUGGGUCUAAAGAAUAAUAAGUCUUAAAUCAAACAAUUA